CCCCAGCACUGAGAAUAGUGCUUUGCACAGACGCCCUCAGGACAGGGGCUUGCCAGCAUCCGGCUGAUGGAGGCUUGAGUCCCGGCCGGAGGGAGGCCGCUUCCCGAGCCCCGAGAUGGCCACCGCCGCCCUGGGACCACCACCGGCCCCCUCUCCGUGGGAGCCGGAGGGGAUCCCGCCGUUGAAGCCGGAGGAGGACCCGGGGCCGGGGGCCUCUUCCCAGCCCUUCCGGCGUUUCCGCUACCAGGAGGCGGCGGGGCCCCGGGAGGCCCUGAGCCGGCUGCGGGAGCUGUGCCGCCAGUGGCUGCGGCCCGAGCGGAGGACCAAGGAGCAGAUCCUGGAGCUGCUCGUGCUGGACCAGUUCCUCAGCGUCCUGCCCGGGGACACCCAGCGCUGGGUGCGGGAGCGGCGGCCGCGCAGCGGCGAGGAGGCCGUCGCGCUGCUCGAGGGUUUGCAGAAGGAGCCCAGGAGACCAAGGCGGUGGGUGACGAUCCAAGUGGAAGACCGAGAAGUGCUGUCUGAAGAGACGGGGAUGGCGGGGGCCGGGUCGGAGUCCUCGAGUCGCCAGCCGGAGGAGGAGGAAGAGGAGGAGGGCCCGCAGAGCCCGGAUCCGGACGUCCUGGGUUCCACGAGUCCCCGCUGCGUUAAGGAGCCUGAGCGGGGCCGGUCCGUGAGCCCCUUCUCUCCGGCCCCCGAACCUCCAGAGCUUCCCGCCCCCCAGGACGCGGCUCUUCCCGAGGAGGGCGGCGGCAGCGGAGACCAGGAGAUGGUGGCCCUCCUGACUGCCAUUACCCAGGGGCUGGCGACGUUCAAGGACGUGGCCCUGUGCUUCUCCCGGGAGCAGUGGGGCCACCUGGACCCCUCGCAGAAGGAUUUCUACGGCGAAUACGUCCCGCGGGAGGGCUGCGGGAUCGUGGUGUCGCUGUCGUUUCCGAUCCCCAGGCUGGAUGAGAUCCCCCCGAUGGAAGGAGAGGAGGAGGAGGAGGAGGUGGAGGAGAUCCAGGCCCCGGGACUCCAGGACUCGGAGGAGUCGGAGAUCCUGACUUUCGCCUACCCAGGAGACGGAAGCGAGGACGAGGAGCCGGCCGGCCCGGCGGCGCUGCCCGGGACGGUGCUGGGGGGUUGGGACCGGGCCCGGCAGAGCCCCGACGGAGAGGUGUUCCCCGAGGAGGCGGAGGAGGCCGGCGGCUGGCCCCCGUCGCUGUCCGAGGCCCUGGGGCUGCACACGCUGCCGCUGCUGGGGCGGCCGCACGACUGCCCGCGCUGCGGGAAGGCCUUCGGCUGCAGCUCGCACCUGGAGCGCCAUUUGCGGACCCACGCCCGGGAGAGGCCCUACGGCUGUCCAGACUGCGGCAAGAGCUACACCCGCGGCGCCCACCUGGCCCGGCACCGCAAGACGCACGCGGCCGAGCCCCCGGCCGGCUCCCCGCCGGCCCCCAGGCCCUACUUCUGCGGGCAGUGCGGCAAGAGGUUCCGCUGGACCUCCGACCUGGUGCGGCAUCAGCGGACGCACACGGGCGAGAAGCCGUUCCGCUGCGAGGUCUGCGGGAAGCGCUUCGGCCAGAAGUCCGUGCUCACCACCCACCGGCGCAUCCACCUGGACCGGGGGCCGGGCCGCCCCCGGGGGGGCCGUCACCUCUGCGCGGAGGGCUUCGACCCCAGCCGGGCUCUCGCCGCCCACCUGCGCGUCCUCGCCGGGGACGGCCAGUCCUGCCGCUGUGCCCAGUGCGGGAGGAGCUUCGGCCGCCGGGAUCACCUGGUGCGGCAUCAGCGAACCCACACCGGGGAGAAGCCCUACAAGUGCCCCACGUGCGGCAAGGGCUUCGCCCGCGGUUACCACCUCCUCCGGCACCAGAGGACCCACUCCGAGAAGCGACUCUAGCGAGGGCCGGGUGAACCUGCCGUGCCCAGACGGUUGCCCUCCCCGCCCUCCGCCACCCCCGGCCGGGUCGAGGAGGAGACCGGGGGCUUGGCGGUCGUCAAGCCGUCGCCCUGCCUGCGCCCCCAGGAUUAGGAGUCUGCCACGGGGGGUACCCCCGCCCCCGUGGGUGGGAGGGGCGGGAGGUGAAGGGAGCCGCACUACCCGGUUUGGUGACUCCGGGACCGCGGAUGAGCCCUGCGGCCCCGGGAAAGCGAGAAGUCACGAGGCUGGGGAGGGGAACGAUGAAGCCCGGGGUGAGCCGCCUCUCCCCACACCGUUGUUCCCCUCUCAGGGAGGGCUGGGCUCCAGGGGCAGGCCAGAGCCUCCGAUUCCCAUCCCCAGUCCCUCGGGCACCGUGGCAUCAGUUCACGGGGGGCUGUGGCCACUUGGGAAGGAUCCCGGACCCCCGCGCCAGCCCGACGCCUUCAUCGGGCACCUGGGGGGUGUUGGAGGGCAGCUGCUUCUGGCUGUGGCCGGCUGGGGUGUCCGAAAUAGAAAUCUUGGGACCGCGAUGCCCCGCGGCGGCCUCCCAUUCUGGCCCCACCGCACUGUUUCCAACGCCCGAGGGUGGGGGAGGGCGUUUUCCAGAGCCCCGUCUCUGGCCGGAAUCUGGGGGGUGGAAGGGACAGCGGGGUGGGGCAGGAUUGGCACGAUAGGGGGGAUUGGUGCAUUUUCUUGUCUUCUCUCUGGUCCCUUUGUCCCGGUAUGUGGAAGACUGGCCCGGGUUGCCGUAGAGACAAGGCCGACAGUUACCAGGGCAACCAUAUUGCCUCCCCCGGUUGGACCGGCGAAUGUCUAGGAGAUGGGGACCGGCGAAUGUCUAGGAGAUGGUCUCUCCCCCACCCACCCCAUGAUGGGCUGCGGGAUUUGGGGACAGGGCGGUCAUGGCUACUUUGUUCCACCUACAAAGCACUCUUCCCCACCGCAGGCCGGGGCUCCCCUGCCCCUUCCACCAAGGAUAGCUGUUUGGGGGGCCUCAGGGGCCAGUUUGAUUUCUGGGUUUGCCCCCAUCCAAUCUCUCCCCUCCCUCCCCACCGCCUUCUGCCCCAGAAACCAGACGCGUUUGUAAUAAAGCGGGAUAGCGGCAAC